GUGGGGACAGUGCGCAUGCGUAAUUGAUACGGCGCGUAUUAAACGCACGCGCGCGUAUACGGAAGGAGGAGGAGAAAGAGAUGUCGGAUUUGCCAGCAGGCUGGGAGAGGCGUCAGUCACGCUCCUCUGGCAAAGAGUACUACUACAACAUCUACACAGACGCCAGCGUGUGGGAAACACCCAUAGAACCACCAGCUGGACAGGUCCAGGCGUCCCACUUGCUGGUGAAGCACGCCCAGUCUCGCAGACCGUCCUCAUGGAAACAGGAGAAGAUCACACGCUCCAAAGAUGAAGCAUUGGAGAUCUUGAAAAACUUUAGGGCGAUGUUGGAGUCGAAAGAGGUCAAGUUCGCAGAGCUGGCCUCCAAGGAGAGUGACUGCAGCAGUGCUCGCAAGGGAGGGGACUUAGGGAUAUUCGGACGAGGGCAAAUGCAAAAGCCGUUUGAAGAGGCGACGUAUGCUCUGCAAGUUGGAGAGCUGAGUCAACCAGUCUUCACGGAUUCAGGGAUUCAUCUCAUUCUGCGAACUGCCUAGUUUGGACUAUAUAGCUAUCAGCUGCCGACUAAUCAUUGCUAUUUAGAGUCAAAAUCCCAUUAAUUUAAUUUUAGAACGAUUCUAAUUUUAGUAACGGUUUCGUCAUAUAAAACCGCAAGCCAGCGGUUGCUCUUCCGCGCACUGCGGAGGGGAGAGAAACGAGACACCGACAUGGCCUCCCCGCCGUCCGAUGAAGCCUCCUGGGACGAAGUGGAGGAGAGAGAAAGCGAGAGCAGGGACGGGAGCGACUUGGGGCGUGAUGAAGUCGAGCUGGGGGACGGGGAUCUGACGCUCAAUUUCGGACCCUCCUUCCAACCUGUCAACUGCUGGAGAAAGCUGUCCAGUUGCGAAGAGUUCGUGGGCGCCAAGCGCAGCAAGCACACCAUCGUGGCCUGGAACGAGAAGAUGUACGUGUUCGGCGGAGACAACGGGCGGCGAAUGCUCAACGACUUUCUGGUCUCACACAUUCGGGACUGCUCCUGGGCUCGUGUUGUGUUCACUGGCCAGCCUCCAGCACCCAGAUACCACCACUCUGCAGUCGUCUUCCGUAACAGCAUGUUUGUCUUCGGCGGAUACACGGGCGACAUAUACUCCAACUCCAACCUCCGCAACAAGAACGACCUGUUCGAGUACAAGUUCACCACCAGUCAGUGGAUCAAUUGGGAGGACAAGAUCACAGGGGCGCUCCCGCCGGCCCGCUCGGCGCAUGGGGCGGCCGUCUUCAGGAACAAGCUCUGGAUCUUUGCAGGGUACGACGGACACAUGAGGCUGAAUGACAUGUGGGCAAUUGACCUCGUCUCGGAUCAGCCCAAAUGGGAGCAGAUCCCACAGAGUGGCGAUAGCCCUCCGACUUGCUGCAACUUCCCCGUGGCAGUGGUGGACGACAGCAUGUACGUCUUCUCCGGUCAGAGCGGAGCCAAGAUCACCAACAACCUCUACCAGUUCAAGUUUGGGCAGAGGCAGUGGAUGAGGAUUCGCACGGAGCACCUGCUGCGCGGGUCCCCGUGCCCGCCUCAGCGUAGAUACGGCCACGCCAUGGUGGCAUACGGUCGCUGUCUCUAUGUCUUUGGUGGCGCGGCGGAUGGUAUCCUCGACAACGAGGUACACUGCUUCGACGUAAACUCUCGGAUGUGGAGUGUAAUCCAGCCGGCCGAGGGGAGCGAGACCCCCUGUGGGAGAGUCUUCCACUCUGCCGCAGUCUGGGGCAACUGUCUCUAUGUGUUCGGAGGGACGAUCGACUCAGUCUCCAGUCGCAGCGGGGAUCUAUUCUGCUUCUCUUUCUCCCAAUUCCCAAAGUGCACGCUCGUCGAAGACUUUGCCCGUCUCCUCAGAACGGAGCAGUUUUGUGACGUCCACUUCCUCCUCAGCUCGCCGACUGUCAUCAUAAAGGCCCACGCGGCGGUUGUCGCCUCUCGCUCGCCCUACCUCCGGCACAAGAUCAUUGAGAUCUACCGACAGCAGCAGACCUCUACGCCACCUCGGGAUCACCCCCAGUUCACACAGAACACCCACCCGCUAGAGGUUCCCCUGCCGGAGGUGAGCGCCGAGGCGUUCAACAUGGCUCUCUUCUCCAUGUACACAGACUGCAUCCACCCUCACCUGGAGAACAACUCGGGAGACGGGAUGACGGCUCAGCAGAUGCUACUGAUGAUGGAGGUGUACAAGUUGGCGCUUCUCUUCCAGACCAAGAGACUGGAGCUCCUCAGCAUGCAGUACAUCGAGGCCUCCAUCAAUCUCGAGAACGUGCUGCUGGUCCUGUGCAGUGCGUCCGAGCUGAAGCUGGCUCGAAUGAGGGAAUUCUGCAUGCGGUUCAUAGUGCGAGACUCGAACUACCGUAAGGUUAUCAUGAGCUCUUCGUUCGAGAAACUCGAUCGCUCCGUCAUGGUUCAGAUAAUUCGUCGGCAGCAGUUCCGCUCGCGCCCGACCUCGCCCGAUCUCCACUCGGAGCUGGAAGACAGAGUCCCAUCCUCGCUGCAAGACGAUCUCGAGGCCUUCCUACUGAGCGACAUCGGACGCCCGUUCACUGAUGUUGUCCUGCAGGUUGACCAGCACUCCGUGCCUGCCCACAUCCCUAUUCUCGCCGCUCGCUGCUCUUACUUCGAGGCCUUCUUCCGCUCCUUCAUGCCAGAGAGUCGCAGAGUCGACAUCACGUUCGGAAAGACUCCCCCCACUCUCCAAGCCUUCAACUCGCUCCUCAAGUUUGUGUACUACGGUGACGUACACAUGCCGUCCGAAGACUGCCUCUACAUCUUCUCGGCCCCCAAUUUCUUUGGAUUUCGCAAUCUUCAGCUCCACUGUCACUCCAAGGCCAGACUGGAGAAAGAUAUUCACAAGGAAAACGUUCUGCCGAUGCUGGAGGCUGCUGACAACAUCAACAUGGAGGUCAUGAAGAAACACUGCCUCCAGUUAAUUGCAGGGGUUUUCCCCUCAAUCGUCAAGAUGCCUUACUUCAGAAACUUGAAGCGAGAGCUUCUUCUUGAUAUCGCUGACAUUCUGGCCAGCCAAAUGGAGUGACCUACUCACAUCUAAAUACCAUUCUCUAUUCAUUUCCUGUACAUUUUCCAUUCAUUUCCAGUCUAACUGCUUAUUAUUGAUUGAC